CGCCGGCAUCAGCACUGUCACCACUGUGCGUUUCCGAAAACGCUACCCUAGAUAAAAUUCGAAACAACAGUUCAGCAAAUCAUCGACCAGCAAUAGCCAAAAGUUAUCAAAGUAAUGCAUACCGUUCAAAUGGGCGCACCAAGACAAGAUACUGCAGCAAAAUAUCACUCAAUUCUCUUGUAAGAAAACGAGCAAUGUACCGGUCGGCAGUUCUUCGAGAACGGCGCUUGUAGUAGUAUUGGACGAGCAUGAUCUUGCCGCGGUACCAGUACAUGCCACGCUUAGCUCCAAGGGCAGUACAUCGGAUGGUGGUGGCUGCGAGUUCCUCACCGCGUGCUGGCUGGCCACUGGUAAUAUGGACAAGGACCAUAAUCAUCAUGAUUAACUUCCGCGCCUGGUUGAGCCACCGACAGAGGCUAUCGAGCUUCCAAACUAGAGUACCGUUGGGUGCGACAUGGGAGAUGAACUCGUCCGAAUACUGGGUGGCCAAGUGGAACAUCAAGGCAGUGAGCUUGUUGGUCGACGUUGUUGCAACUGGUGGAGGUAAAAGGGACAGGCAAACGAUAUCCUCGCAACACGUGCUCCUCCAAUUGCACACGGCAUUGAACGAGGAGAUCCUGGGCGGCAAUCUGGAGACUGGACAGACUGACAAUAGCUCGUGUUGGACGAUACUGCACGGACAAGUAGUUGUCAUCUUCAAUGAAGAUGGUGGGUCCAGGUAGAUGGUCCCCUGUUGCCAGUGUUGCGGAGAAAGUAAGUAUUUCAACGAGAAUAGAUUUGGCAUGAGAAAAAAAAGACAAUGAAGAAUAAGUGUCAUGAUAAUUACCGGUCAAUCGUACGCUGGGCGUCGCUGGAUCCGUCAAUUUUCAUUGUCUGCAUAAAUCGGUUUCCAUGGCAUAAUCAAAAUUGGUGGUAGUAU